CGUCAAGGAAUAAGAUGGGGAGAGCCCCUUGCUGUUCCAAGGUGGGGCUGCACAGAGGGCCAUGGAGUCCAGAAGAAGAUGCUCUGCUCACCAACUAUAUCCAAUGCCACGGGGAAGGAAACUGGAGGUCUCUUCCUAAAAACGCAGGCCUUCUUAGAUGUGGAAAGAGCUGCAGAUUGCGAUGGAUGAACUAUCUGAGACCUGAUAUCAAGCGUGGCAACAUCGGGCCAGAUGAAGAAGAUCUCAUCAUCCGGCUUCAUUCAUUGCUCGGCAAUAGAUGGUCUUUGAUAGCUGGAAGGCUGCCUGGUCGAACCGAUAAUGAAAUAAAGAACUAUUGGAAUAGCCAUCUCAGUAAGAGGCUCAAAGGGCAAGGAAUUGAGGUUAGAGAAGGGACCUCCAAAGGCACAACAAAACGAGCCCGGAUAUCACAAAAAAAGAGUCACAACGUUAACAACAGCAAUAUUAACCAUAGCAGCAAGAAACAACAAGACAAAAGAAAAAGGAAGACUGAAGGGGAAGACACUGCAGAGAUUACUAGGACCAAGAUUUAUAUGCCAAAACCCACAAAGUUCACACCAACCUUGAGGAGCUAUGAUCUGAUUGAGAAUAGUGGUGUAUCUGAAGUUCCUAAGACCGAAAGUGCAACAUCACAGGAACAGAAAGGAGAUACUACCAUGGAGGAUUUGGAAAUUAAUUGGUAUGACAUCAAGGAAGGUGGCUUUUUCUUUGAAGAAGAUGACCCAAACCAUGUUCUAGCUUUUGAUUUCCCCUCCAAAGAUAGACUACUUCAAGGGCUCUACCAAGAGUACUACGAGCUCUUGAACUCGGAGGGAAAUCAGGCGCAGCUGAAUUCUUUUCCUGAUCAGUCCUUGUUUUUGUGGUGACUGAUGAGGAAGAGGAGAAAAUCACUGUAAAGGUGAGCGAUCUCAUGCACACCUUCUAUUCCUUCUCCAUGUAAGAAUUGCCGGCCAUAAAAUUGGCUCAUCGCGUUGUGCAAUUCUGCCGACUCUGUGCCUAGUCCAAACCGUGUCAACAUCUUCAUAUCUAUAUAUCACUGUAUCUAAUAUUUUAACC